AGGUUUGGGUUGUGACAAAAAACAUUUGUCAAUAAAUAAAUGGGAGGUCAGUGAGCUCAUCACUGAGCUCACUUGUCCCUUUCAGGAACCGCAUCAUGUGCACUUGGUGCCUUCAAAGGGGCAACUACAUAGAAUGAAGGGUCUCCUCAAGUGUUUCCUCUGCUUGCUUCUAUGUGAUUCACUCUUCCAAUCUUGGGUUUUGCUUCAAUGGCUGAAACUGGUCCAGCACUGGCCAGGAGAAUGCGUUGGGUGCCUGAUCGUGCCAACCUGCACAUAGCCAUGAACGUUUUUCAGUUUGUUUAUGCUGGGAAUCAUGUCAUUUUGAGGACUGCCCUUAACAUGGGUAUAAGCAAGCUUGUUUUCCCUGCUUACAGGAACAUCAUCGCGCUGGCUAUGAUUGCUCCCUUCGCUUAUUUCCUAGAGAAGAAGGACAGGCCGGCACUGACUGCUUCUUUUCUUGUGCAAUUCUUCCUUCUCGCAUUUGUUGGAAUAACAGCAAAUCAAGGAUUUUACUUGUUGGGGUUAGACAACACAUCACCCACCUUGGCUUCUGCUACAGAGAAUGCUGUCCCGGCUGUGACCUUUCUGAUGGCUGCUAUCCUGCGAAUUGAGGAAGUUCACUUGAACAGGAGAGAUGGCAAAGCUAAAGUGCUUGGAACAAUCUGUAGUGUUGCCGGAGCUUCAAUUAUAACCAUUUACAAAGGGCCAAUCAUAUUUAGGCCAAGCCAUCCUUUGAACCAAUCUCUUCCAUCCAUUUCACUUGGAGAUGCUGAGGGGAAAAAUUGGACCUUGGGUUGUGUCUGUCUCAUCGGUCACUGCAUAUGUUGGUCCGGCUGGAUCGUGCUACAAGCACCAAUCUUGAAGAAAUACCCAGCUCAGCUCUCAGUCUCCUCUUUCACUUGCUUCUUUGCAAUCCUACAGUUUCUGGCGGUUGCGGGUUUAAUUGAAAGAAACUCCCAAGCCUGGCUGUUUCAUUCCCGAACCGAACUCUUCUGUGUUCUCUACUCGGGAGCUGUAGUUUCAGGAAUUGGCUUUUCAAUACAGCUAUGGGCUGUUGGCAAGGCAGGCCCUGUGUUUGUUUCGGCAUAUCUACCUCUACAGACCCUCCUUGUUGCUGUCAUGGCAUCACUUGCUUUAGGCGAAAGAUUCUAUUUGGGAGGGGUCCUUGGAGCAGUGUUGAUCUUAGUUGGACUAUACCUUGUUGUCUGGGGAAAAAGUGAAGAGGGCAAGUUUGCUAGCAGAAAGGCUGUGAUUCCUUCAGUGGCAGAGAGCAGUCCAUCCACAAACAACAGAAAAUCCUCAGUUUUCCAGCCACUGCUCCCUACCUCUUCCAAGUGAUAAAAUCCUGACAAGAGGGAUGAAGUGUGGCCUCGGUGGCAUUGUUUCUCUGCCAAUUUUUCUUUUUUCAGCAGGUGCUGGUUUUAAGCGUCCAGAUUAGAAGCAAUAGCGAGUCUAAUGGCCACAGCGGCAUGAACCGGAAAGGAGGCCCUAUGACAAAGAAAAAUGGAAAGAAUCAAACAAAUAGAAGGCGCAUAAAACACACCCUCAAUGAUGAAUAAGGUUUUCAGAAGAGGAAAUUUUCUUUUACUAAUUAUAAUGGAAAUUGCUUUCCUUGGUCCAAGCAUUGGAAUUUUGUUUGCUGCUAGCGUCUGUCACUGGUUAAGAUAAUGCUAUUUAUAUUAAGGUCCACCAUUGAAUUGAA